UCACGGGCGGCACUGAUGCAUUAUUGCUGUCGGUGUGUUUCCCUGGAUGUGUCGCAUGCAUAUGGAGGUUAGGAUGCCCACGUUGAGGCUCCAUGUCGUUGAAGAAGAGGACGCUUAGAGUGCAGGAUGAGGUAUGUCCAAGCGGUCACCUGUCUCCUGCUGUCAAUCAUUUCAGCGAGGGGUGUGGUUUCAGAAUGUCUCAUGACAGAUGACGAGUGCGUAUUUUACCUCACCAUUGAGCAUCGCCUGACAAUGAUGAAAGGUAGCAUGGCAGUGUUCCCUUUCGACCGGAAGUUGUACAAGUUUGACGUCACAAACACGUCGGCAGCGACACCUUUGGAACUGGAAGGAAUAGUCCAAGCAGACGGCUAUGAGCCACAGCGCCUGGUUACAGUUGCCAAUGGUACCAUGCCCGGACCAGCCAUUGUCGUCUAUGAAAAUCAAACGGUGAUUAUCCAUGUACAAAAUGAGCUUUACAACGAGGCCGUAUCAAUCCACUGGCACGGCCUUCACCAAAAGGGCACUCCGUUCAUGGAUGGAGUAGCCUUCAUUACUCAGUGCCCUAUACUUCCGGGUCAGUCGUUCACCUACAAGUUCAAGGCCAAACCCAAGGGUACUUUCUGGUACCAUUCACAUAUGGGAAACCAGAGGACCAUGGGGCUUCUGGGUGCGCUGAUCAUCAAGGAGAAGAAGCCUCCAGUGAUGGAGGAAAUGGUAAUGGUGCUACAGGACUGGAACCACGAUGACUCAACGACGGUGCACUUAAAGAUGAAUUUCGGUGGAUUCGAAGACCGAAAGGAGCUUUUAACAACAGAUGCUCUCGAUGGCUCCCAUUUCAGUCGGUUUUUUAUGACAAGUGCUCUUAUUAAUGGCAAGGGCCGUCUCUAUGAUGAGUUCAAUCGUCAUAAUGGAGCACCCCUAACUGUUUUCACGGUGAGACCAAGUCAGCAGUACAGGUUCCGGGUUAUCGCCGGGGGCCAUCUCUACCCGUUCCGGGUGUCAGUGCAUGGUCAUGAUCUCACAAUCGUAGCGUCUGACGGGUAUGACCUUCGUCCAGAAGUCGCAGAGUCCUUCGUCAUCAACCCCGGUGAGAGGAUCGACUUCAUUAUCAACACCACCAACACAGUGGACAACUACUGGAUUCGGGCACAGACUCUCGAGGAAGGCGUGGAUCACAAGGCGGAAGCUAUUCUCAGAUACGAAGGAGCGCCUGAUACAGAGCCAGCUACUUUCAGAAGAACAUGCACGGAGACUGAUCCCUGUCGAGUUGUCAACAGCCCCUUCACCUACUUCCCUAUAAGUAACACUAAAACAGUGAGGUUCGACGAGCUCAAAUCUUUGCCUGACGAUGAUCCAGCUCCUCCAGUUACUCCUGGGAAGUUUAAAGAACACUUCCUCAACUUUGCUUUUCCUGGCUAUACACACUACCCAGGUCAAGUGAAUGGACAUAAAUUCAAGAUGCCGAACGUUGCGGCUCUGACCCAGUUGGACGAAAUUACGACAUUUUGUGACAAAACAGACUGUGGGUUCAACAGGACGUGUCAUUGUACGUACACCCUCAACCUCACCUACGGGGACACUGUUCAGCUGGUUAUCCUCAACAUGGGCAACGGGAAGGGAUGGUCUCAUCCUGUUCAUCUGCACGGACAUUCCUUCUACGUGCUCAAGAUGGGCUAUGCCAUACAAAAUAGUUCCACGUAUCAAAUCGAAGACAGCAAUCCGGAUAUAAGCUGUAACGGAGAUCCUUUUUGUAAUGCUGCUAGAUUUGCAAACUCUUCAUGGACGGGGGAUAACAUUCCGGGUCUGGAGCUGAAGAACACCCCGCGGAAGGAUACCAUAAUAGUUCCAACUGGUGGUUACGUGGUUGUGAGAAUCCGCGCUGACAACCCUGGCGUGUGGUUCAUGCAUUGCCACAUUGAGAUGCACAACGCUGACGGGAUGGCCAUGAUGAUCAACGAAGCUCAGGACAUGCAUCCUGCUCCGCCAGAGAACUGGCCUCGAUGUUCGGAAUUUGGUCCGGAAGUGAUAUACAAGACGAAACCUAACGGAUCAGACAAAAAGAACGAUACUGAAAAGACUAGCCCCAACGAAUUGAUGGUCCGGCAUGACGUGUUCUGGACCGUGGUUGGCUGUCUGAUCGGGAUCUGCGCCCUCCAGUUCCUCAUCCUGCUCUGUAUGUGCUGCCGGCGAUGCGAGGGGUCCGGCCGGGAGAAGUACUCCAUGGAGAAUUACCCUGACGCGAAAAUAAAUCACGCUUUUGAUAAUUUAGACGGUGAUCUGAAUAGUAAACAGAAAUUUUAAAUCAUAUUGACGGAAAGUUUAUGUUUAUUCAAUGCCGUCGAAUGGAUAUUUACACAAAGUGGAAACCAUCUAAAAAAUUAAUUACAUUUUUAUAAUUAUAUUAUACUGUAAUAAUCAUGUUUUUAAAAUCAUUGAAUACAUUGAAUAAGAAAAGGAUGGUUUAAGUUAGGACAGCGUCAAUCAAGCAUGAGCACCGUGUAUGGAGUUUUUGUCGCCAUCGCAUAAAGGUUUAUGGAUUCAGGAGAUCUUUAUCUUUUAGUUGUCAACAAUUUGACAAGGUUGAGGGGGUAACCAUGCUCUCUAUGGGGUUGAUGGGGUGGGGGUGGGGAUUGGUUGCGAGUGGGGGUGGAGGAGGGGGAAUAUGUAUCCUAUUAAACUGGCCUUUAUUAACCCGGUGUAUACUAGUGAAUGAAGUGUAAGUCAGAUUACAGGGUGACGUUGCCUUUUCAGGAGUACUUGUGGAGGAACGUCGUGUUUGUGUGUAACGAAUCUCAGCAUUGUCCUUUCUUCCGGUGCCAGGGAGUUAUCUCCCUUGUCUCUGUGCACUUUGUAUAUUUAACUUUUAAAACGUCACUUAUGUAUCAUGUAACCAUUUACACACGAUUCUUGUUUCUUGGUUUUAUUUGACUCAAGGGAAAUUAUGUUCACUUUUCCAUGGAGGCGAUUGUGGUGUGGCCAGGUUUCAAGGAUUUUACGACGUUUUACUGUCAAACUAUAAUAGCCACAAGAAAAGUCAUGACACUCUCUGUUGAAAUAGAUUUCAGUAUAUGAGUUAAUCGAAGAUGGAUGAUAAUGGAUAAUGUUAAAUAUAUGUAGACUUUGGUUGGUUGUUGGUCCUGAAACCUUGUUGAAUGACAUUCCACAGAAACUUGUAAAACAACAUUCAAUAAGUUUUCUUUUAUGGAUAGGAAAGCAGACACGAUAUCACACCAAGGGAGAAUGGUGGGAAAGGUGUAACAAUAAGAAAUGAACUUGAAAACUACAUAAAGUGGAAUAACUAUACCGUAUACAUUUUACUGCUUGGUCUCAAUGCAGAUAUCUUGUUUCUAGAGUGUUCAUUUACCCUUGUGAAUUCAGAAUGGUAGAAGUGUUUUACUAACCCUGAAAUUACAAAUGGUGUUUUAUUAUGACAAUUGUUUUUAUUGUAUAUACUGUCUGUCUUAUUGAAUGCCUUAAGGGUUUUGCCGGUUUCUUCCAUUUUCCAGAGGCACAAAUCGGAUUUUAAAAAGUGUUUUAUUUAGCGGAUAUUAAUGCUUUGAGUGUCUUGUACAAACGUAUUUAUCAACGAAUGUUUGACAUUUUUUAUUAUUCUUUCAUCAUUUUAUUACAUAGAUUUCACGUAUGCUUUGAUUUUAUUACAUUUACUUUGGCAUUCUAUAUUGUAUAAAGGUGUCCAUUGCAAAUUAUUUUCUGUAUUGAGAAACGUAGUCAAAGCAUGUCCAUGAAUAACGAACUAUACUACCACAAAGCAUUUGAUUGUGGAGUUAGGCAAGGGCCUGUGCUUAGUCCUUUUCUAUUUGCAAUGUUUAUGUCACGAUUUCAACCCAUGUUAGAGGAGGAAGACUUAAGAGGCAUAUCUAUAGGUGCAUAUUAUCAUGUUGCUACUGAAAAGCUCAAAAGAAUGAAUACAACCGAGAAAAAACACAAUGACCAAAAGAUUCCAUGGUAACUUAUACUCAGAUUUUGUUGACUGGUUGGUUUCUGGGUCAUACAUACACUUCCAGUCAAAAGCUUAGACUCACUAGUGUAAAUGUAGCCACUUACUUCAGUCAACUAAUCUAAACUAGAUUUGGCAAAAUAUUCUAUACAGCUUAAGGGUACUGUUUACACAUGAACUGAUGUAUUGUAAAACAAUGAGUUCAUGAGUUCAAUAAAUGAUGAAACACAGUGAAAAUUGGCGAAUUCUUAACAAAACUUUAUACCAAAACGAAGCUGUUCACAUGCACGACAUUUGCACAUACGUUUCAGCAAGUUGAAGCAUGAUCCUCGUGCAAUUCAUCCGCAUAAGGUUUGCAGUUGGUUCCCCCAAGUUAGUGGAGAAAUUCAUUCUCGAUGUAACCACAUGUAUAAACAUAACAUAUAGUGAGUGUUUUAAGUGAGCCUAAACCUUUGAUGGGUAGUAUAGUUGCCGUCUUGUCAGUCUGUCUCCAUCCUCGUCGAUUUGAGUACCUUCGGAUAAGUUCUCCCCCAAGUUGUUAUAUCCGCCAUUGUGAUGGGCAAAACUUGAAGCACCUGUGUUCAGGCCGUGUUUGAACUCUUUGUGGGUCAUAUCAGUCUUCAAACUGCUGAUUUGUAACACUUCAAAUGUGAGUAAGUUUUAUUAUCAACCACUCUGACGUUGUGUGAUCAUCCCGAGUGUGACAUUAUUCUUCCAGGUGACUAUAAUGCACGAACUGGUAAUUGGAAAUGCUUUAUCAUUGACAAUGAUAAUAAAUUCAUAAUAUGUUAGAAAACAUGGACUAUGUGUCUGAUUGACUUUCAUCGAUAUUCUGGGGAUGAAAUGUUUAAUGACUCCGGAAGAGAUCUUGUGGCGUUUUUUUGUAAAUUUGCUGUCUUGUUUAAAAAGGUUUUAGGGUAGACAUGUGGAACAUAUUUCGAAAUUUGAUGCGUCAGUGACAGAUUUGACGUCCGAUGCAAUUCGUUAUUUCGACUUGUACCAUACGUUCCGGAUACUGUUACCGGUGAACAAUGGCUGUACAUUGUAUAUAUUUAUGACGGGUAGGGGUGGAUAAGCUCACCUUACCGCGAAGCCUGGUAUCAUCACUUUUUCAUAGUGAUUCAUAAACACAUGCUCUGUCAUUAAAUCUCAUAUUGUCAAUCACUGGUUUGUGCGACCCACACUCAAUUGUUUACAGACCGCGUCGUACAGCUGAAAUAUUGCUGAAUGUGGCGUCAAACAAACACAUACUAAUGAUGUUGCAAGAAUUGUAAAACCGACUCUGCUUUUAACAAAGAUUUCUUACGUGAUGUGGAAAGGGAUUUGUCGUUUCUGUUUUAUGGAAACAAUGAUCUUAUACUUGUUUUAAGGCGAGCGGUGCUGGUUUGGUUGAUUUCACUAGUUCUUGUUUUAUUUCCCUGACUUCAGAGUAGAUACUCGCAGUGAAUCAGGUCAUUUUCCCAUCAUACUGACAUUCCAUGGUUGUGAUAAACACAUAUAGAUAAUAGCAAUGAUAAAGGGGAAGAACCUCACGUAAAUGAUAUCCUAAUAUCUACCUGGAGAAAUAAUAUGUGAUUCUUUCAGAUUCUUUCAGAGAUGCUGUUUGUUAGCCUCUGGUUUCACGUAGCCUUGACUGCUAAGGUCAGGGAGUAAUACCCAGGUGUCUGUGCACUUUGUAUAUAUAACUUAAUAAAAAUCAUUUAUUUUUUAUAAAACCGUU